CGCCAAUCUCAUUCACGAGUUCGGCAGUGGCUGAAGAACAAGAUCUUCGUUGAUACCUACACGUAAUAUGAGUGAAGAAAUAAUGGAAGCCCUUGAUUCGGGUACUUCUUCUGAAUCUGAAUCCGAAUCAAUAAAAUCACCCCUGAAAGAUUGUGAAAGCCUGUCUCAUCGAAAGUUAAAAAUUGCCUCACAGAUUGCAAAUGAAAAUUCGAACUCCAGCUCAGAUUUACCCUUAAGUUUCCUUGUAACGAAAAAGAAAUCACAGUUAUCCAUUUUGUCGGAAGAUGAAACUGAUGGCUCAACUUCAAACACUACUGAGAAACAGAAUGAAAAACCAUCAAAUGUUUUGGUUUCAAUGGAUGAAAAUUCAAGUUCUAGUGAUAUCCCACUAACUAAGUUGGCUUCCAACAAAAAACCACUUGAAUUAAAGUUAGAAGUCCCAUCGUCCAAUGUUUCAGUAUCAGCAGAUGACAAUUCAUGUUCUAGUGAUGUCCCGCUUGCCAAGUUUGUACGUUCAACAAUCCAGCAUACCAAUUUAGAAGCAAAGAAGGUAAACAAUAAGUUACGAAAAAAGGUAACUGUGAAUAAAAGUAAAAAAAGCAAAUCAAAAUUGGAAGUUAUGAUGGAUGGUUCAAAUGAUUCCCAUGCUUCUGAUCAAACAUCACUUGUUGAACAAGAAGAAUCUGAUUCUAGUUCAAGUUUCGCGCAAGCACGGGAAACGCCCAAGAGCAAUAUUAAAAAACAGAAAUCAGUCAAAACAAAAAAAGUGAAUGAGAAAAGCAGUUUGAAAAGAAAAAGAAGCGAGGAAACUAGCAGUGAGCAAAAACGGGCCAAAACUAAAAGAAAACUAAACAUUUCGUCGGAUAGCAGCUCCGACGAUGCUGUUAAAUCAAAAAGGGAUACACCAGCACCGGCUUCCAGUAUAAAAAAUGGCACUCCAGUAUCCACCACGAAGAAUGAAACUGUUCCAGCAAUAAUCGACAGCAAAUCUAGUCCGUCAAUGGGCAAGAAAAAGCUAGGUCCUGCGAGUGGCAAAAAGAAAUCGCCUGUUCAGGAUGACGUUAUGAUUUCUCCAACUAAAACGGAAGCCAACACAAAUCCUAAAGGCUCCAACUCCAAACCAAUUGGCGGUAAAAAAGCAAAGGUGUUGGAUAAAAAUGGUAUUCUGGAAAAGCUCAAUAAUUCGUCCGAUACUAGCAGCUCUUCAGAAGACAGUGAAGUUGAGGAUCCCUCAAAUGUUGAAACCGCCGUUGCUUUGCCAUCCAGCUCGAGUUCUGAAAGUGGCGAAGACUCAGUUACAACUCUCAGCUCCUUGAAAAGAAAAAAGAAAGUCCCGCAAAAAAAAGCCAAGGGAACAAGGAAAAGUGAAAAUGUUGGAAAUGCUAGCGACUCAGAUGAUCCAAUGGUCCGUAAAACAAGUAAUUCAAGCACUGGCAAAGUUGAAGAACACCCUGUUUGCUCGACUUCUGGAUCUUCUUCCAGCGAAGAGUCCGAAAACGUUUCCCCGCAGAAGAAAAAGGCCACGCAGAAAGAUGAAAAAUCAUCAAAAAAGGAAACCACAAAAGAAAAAAAAAUCCCGGGGACACCGCGUAUAAUACGGCUUCAACGCUAUUUGAAAGAAGCGGGAAUUCGUGUGCAGAACUACAAAACAUUAUGGCAAAAUUGCAAAAAUGACAAAGCGAGGGCUCAAAAGCUAAUGGAGUUGCUUCAUGAACGCGGAUUGAAGGGAAAACCUUCAGUUUCCGAAUGCCGAAAACUUAAGAAGAAAUUGGAAAGAGAAAAGGAGGUUUCGGAACUCAAUACAUCCAACAUCAUCACCUCUAAUGGGAGAUCUCGCCGAGGUGUAACGAGCCUCUUUGCAACUCGUCAUAGUCCGUCUCCAGCCAGCGCUAAAAAACAAGAAACGUCACCAAAGAAGUCGCCUGAAUUUAAGAAAAUAUUUGGUCGAUUGAAAAACAUCGUCGACAGUGAGGAUUCUGACUGAAACUUCCAGUAUCGUAUGUCAAAUUUUUAGAACCUUUCUUUUCAUCGUAAAACUCAUUUGUUCAAUUUCUUACUUUUAAUCCGUGGGUAGAAUAGUGUUAAUUUCCGCACUUUUCCCAUCCAUAAUAUUAUAAGAUCACGUUGUGGCGUGCAAUAUUACCAUUUACGUCCACAACUAAAAUCACAGAGAUAUCUCCCCUUGUUAAUCGUAACGCAUAUCAGUACUUUUAAAUCAGUUUUAAAAUAAAAUAUCAUCCCAGUUUAA